ACUGGAGUCAGGUGGUGUGAGAGCUCCUCGCCUUGUGGGAAGUUGCUAGGAGAAAGUUGAGAGUCUUAGAAGAAACUUCUGCUUUUGCUGCGCGCCCAGUGAACCCAGCGGCGGAGCAGCGUGCGCUUCAGACCGGAUCAGGACACGGAGGUUCCGGCCGGGAGCCCUGAGCUGGGUGCUCCGAACGGCGGCGGGGAUGGCUGGCGGGGCGUCUGGGGAGCCCGGCCCGGGGGCGGCUGCGGGCAUUGCGGUGCCCGAGACCCAGGAGCACCUCUUCAAAGUGCUGGUCAUCGGCGAACUUGGGGUGGGGAAGACGAGCAUCAUCAAGAGAUACGUGCACCAGCUUUUUUCUCAGCACUACCGGGCCACCAUCGGGGUGGACUUCGCCCUCAAAGUCCUCAGCUGGGACAGCAAGACCCUGGUCCGGCUGCAGCUCUGGGAUAUUGCAGGUCAAGAACGGUUUGGUAACAUGACAAGAGUAUACUACAAAGAAGCUGUGGGUGCUUUCGUGGUCUUUGAUAUGUCAAGAGAAUCUACAUUUGAGGCAGUUCUCAAAUGGAAAAAUGAUUUGGACAGUAAGGUACAACUUGCAAAUGGCAUCCCAAUUCCUACAGUUCUCCUAGCCAAUAAAUGUGAUCAGAAUAAGGACAAUAGCCAUAGUCCUUCUCAGAUGGACCAGUUCUGCAAAGAAAAUGGCUUUACAGGGUGGUUUGAAACAUCUGCAAAGGAUAAUAUCAAUAUAGAUGAAGCAGUUCGAUUUCUGGUGGAGAAUAUUCUUGCAAACUAUAAAAAUUUCCCUAAUGAAGAUGAUGUGGACAAAAUAAAGCUGGACCAGAACACUUUGAGGGCAGAGAGUAAAUCCCAAUGUUGUUAAUCUUUCCUCUACUACCUUUUUGGUAUAAAAUGAUGGCUGACUUUAUACCUAUCAAGAUUUAAAGUGAGACUGGAUUCCAGUUGGACUGCUGUAUUGGGACUUUUCACAUGGAUGAUUCUUUAAAAUGGUGGUAUCUCAGGAUGCCUGAACUUCUUGGUUGGAAAUGGGAUAUAUAGUAAAUUGUUCCUUGCCAUGGGUGUAGAAUGUGUGUUCAAAGUUUGUCUUGUUCUUCAAACAAUGUCAAAAUGUUUAUGCUUUUUUUUUUUUGUAUUUUUUUAAAUAAGAAAAUGCUUCUUCUACAUAUGGAAGGAUUUCCAAGUUUAAUUAUUUUAUUGUUUACUACUACAGAAGAAAACUUUACAGUCCUGACUUUUCUAACAGUUUUUAUAUGUAAUUUGUUUUUUUUUUUUUUCUUGAAGGAAUUCUGGUAAUUUGUCUUAUUGAUUUAUGUAUUUUAACUUUCAUUAGUUACAGAAGUCACAAAGUCCCUUUUCCUGUUUGAUAGCAUUUGGUUUUUUUAAAUAUAUAUACACACAUACACAUACACAAAAGUUUUGCAUUUCAUUUUAAACCUUUUAAAGGUUUAUAAUUUUAACAUUAUGCUUUCAAGCUUUUUCUAGUCCAGUUAAACAUUCUUUAAUUUCUUAAUCUGGGCUUGAUCAUGGGUGACUUAUAGGGAACUAGUCCUUUCCAGGGAACAAUUUUGAUAGUUAAGUUUAGACAGCCUUCUUCUAUAUCCUCUGUAUGUGUUCUUACCACAAAUAUCUUAUUUCAGAUUUGAUCAGUGGUAUAAGCCUCACGACUAAUAAUAUCUUAGUGAAACCAAAUGACAAAAUUAAAAGUUGUGGUCAGUAGAGAAUGAAAUAACUGGCAAAUAAACUUAGAUGUUCUACACUAA